UUGUUCUGGACUUCCCCCCGCGUCUGAACAAACCCGUGGGCCUGCAGGAUCAGCUGCGUCAGGAGCACGCAUGGGUGUCCCAUUCGUGGCUGUGACCGACAGCUUCCUGCUGGAUCGGUUGGAGCUGUGGUGUCAUGACGGCGUGCACCUCAGCGACACAGGUGGCUCGCCCAUCCUGGUGAAGCUGUUGUGCGACGCCGCCCUCACCCUGUUCCCAACUGACCCCCCUGCGCCUCCUUCCCCUCUGACGGACUGCCUGGAUCCCCAGACGUGGCCCAGGCUUGGAGACGAGGGAGAGAUGGACUGCAUCCCUGCAUCUGCUGGGUUUUGGAGGAAGAUGGCAGAGCGGCAGUCACGGACCCCCAUGCCUCCUGUCCCAGAGUUCGUCGCUCGUGGCUCGCCCAUCCUGGUGGAGCCUGCGCCUUCUUCCCCUCGUCGGAGGUCGCCACCGGCCCAGGUGACGGGGCCAGACCCCCUGCCCCGUCGGCGCCAGGAUCCCCGGAGGUGGACAACGGUUGGACGGGAGCGAAAGGCUGGAACACUGCCGGUGCAACAGUCCCUUCCCAUCCCGUCCAACUCUGUGUGGUUCAGCAGUCCUAUGUUGGAUGCCAUGGAGGAGUUCGCUCCUUCCUCUGACUCCAACUGCACUGCUGUCCCACCACCUGGCCAGCAGCCCAAUCAGACUUCCCUCUCCUCAGCCACUUCCACCAGCUCUUCCCGGGGGAUCCCGAGGCGCUCCCAGGCCUGCUGAGAGACAUAGUCUCUUCUGCGUGUCCUGGGUCUUCCUCGUGGUCUCAUACCGGUGGUACAUGUCCUGAACACCUCAACAGCAAGGCGUCCUAAUAAAAUGCCCAAGACACUUUACAACUGUUAUUACUAUAAUUACCAUUAUUACCCCUAGUUGUUAAUCAAAUGUUGGGAUAUUUUUGAGUAUGUGAUACAUACUUGUAAAAUAUCCAAUAAAGUAUGCCUUACGUUGACAACAUCUAUAAAUGUUUCUUUUAAUUUCAAUAGGCUUCUCCUGGAAGGCGCCGUCGGAGAGCUGUGGCUGUCAGGCGUGCUGG